CAAUAGAAAUCUCCCUCCAGUCACACCAGAGCAGCACUUGGGAACAAGAGUCGGAGGGGCAGGAGGAGUCGGAGGGGGAAUGUCCUGGGCCCCUGGAGGAGGGGGCCCCCCACAGCUCUGACAUUUCCGGCCUCCAAGGGCUGAACAGAUCAGAUGGUAAGGCUAGGGCUCUGGGACGAGCCCAGCCCUGUUCCACUGACUAAGUUUUCCUCUACCAGUGUAGGGCAGCCCUCAGGGAGCUAGGGCUAGGGGCUCCCAGAGCCGCCAUGACCUUCGCCAGCCUGCUGGAGCAGCUCGGGGGCCUGGGGCGCUUCCAACUGCUGCACAUCGUGGCGCUGGUGGCUCCCAUACUCCUGACGGCCUCUCACAACCUCCUGCAGAACUUCUCGGCAGCGGUGCCCCCACACCACUGUCGGCUCCAGCCAGUGCCCCUUGGUGCCUACCAGACAGGGAACCUCACCUCUGAGACCCUCCUCCGGUUGUGGGUUCCACUGGAUGGAAGCCACCAGCCUGAGAGGUGCCAGCAAUUCUCCCAGCCCCACUGGCAAAGCCUAGAGCCCAAUGACACAACUCACAAUGGGAGCACCCCCAACACCGAGCCCUGCCGAGAUGGAUGGACCUAUGACCACAGCGAGUUCAAGGCCACCAUUGUGACAGAGUGGGACCUGGUAUGCGACUUCUGGAAACUGACCCAGAUGGCACAAUCCAUUUACAUGGCCGGGGUCCUUGUGGGAGCCAUGGUGUUUGGGAGCUUGGCAGACAGGUUCGGUCGGAAGGCCCUGUUGAGCUGGUCCUACCUGCAACUGGGGGUGGCAGGGACCGCCACUGCCUUCUCCCCCAAUUACUCCACCUACUGUGCCCUUCGCUUUCUGGUUGGGAUGGCUGUCUCUGGGAUCAUCCUCAACUGCAUGUCUUUGGUUCUAGAGUGGUCCCCCACCCGGACCCGCACAAUUACGGGCACCCUGGUUAGCUACUCUGCCACUCUGGGACAGAUACUCCUUCCAGGCCUGGCGUACGCCCUCCCCGACUGGCGCUGGCUUCAGCUCACCCUCUCGAUGCCUUUCUUUGUCUUCUUCUGCUACUCCUGGUGGUUUGCAGAGUCAGCACGAUGGCUGGUCCUGGCUAGGAAACCGGAGCAAGCUGUCCAGGUGCUGAAGAGGGUGGCUCGAAUCAAUGGGAAGAAAGCAGAAGGAGAGAAACUCAGCAUAGAGGUCCUGAAGUCCCAUCUUCAGAAAGAAUUGGCUCUGGCUCAGGCCUCAGGAACCCCCUGGGACCUGAUCCACACACCCACCAUUCGGCGCAUCUCCAAAUGCCUGGCAGCUGUCUGGUUUGCCACCAGUUUCGCCUACUACGGAGUGGCCAUGGACCUGCAGGGCUUUGGACUCCGGGCACACAUGCUGCAGUUGCUGUUUGGCAUUGUGGACAUUCCAGCCAAGCUGCUCUCCACCUUGGCCAUGAGCCGAGUUGGGCGCAGGGUAGCCCAGGUGACCACGCUGGUACUAGCAGGACUGGGCAUCCUGGCCAACCUCUUUGUGCCUGCAGAACUAGCUGCCCUUCGGACCACUCUGGCAGUGUUAGGGAAGGGCUGCCUGGCUGCCUCCUUCAACUGCAUCUACCUCUACACGGGAGAGCUGUAUCCCACAGCCAUCAGGCAGACUGGCCUGGGGGUGGGAAGCACCAUGGCCCGAGUUGGGGGCAUUGUGGCUCCCCUGGUAAAGCUACUGGGUGAGCAGAUGCCUCUGGUGCCCCCCAUCAUUUACGGUUCCAUCCCAGUGCUCUCGGGCCUUGUGGCUCUUGGGCUGCCGGAAACCAGGAACCAGCCCUUGAAGGACACAGUGGACGAAGUAGAGAACAGGCUUGCCCGGCAGCAGGACACAGACCCUUAGGAGAAAGCAGUCCUCCAGAUGGUGGCCAGGGACACCGGUAGAGACACCAAGUGACCAGAGGAUGUCUCUUAGGCCCACGGCCACAUUGCCUGGCCAGUGGGCCAACUGGGAGACAGGACCCCUGAGUUCUGUUCUGUUCCUGGGACUUCAAGCACCGCCUGGCUCACCCACAUGCCCCCUCCCCACACACACACACACACACACACAUCUGCUGCUGUGCCUGGGGCCUGGUCCUCCUCAGACAGGAGGAGGAGAUGCCAGCUGCUGCCAGGUCUCCCCACCUUCUCACUGGCUCAGCCUCCCCCACACUCAGCAUCCUCCCCCAUCUUCCAUCCCCCUGGGUCUGAAAAGCUGGCCCAGAGUAGCCCUGGAAACAAGGCUGAGCCCUUGCUACAACACACCCCAGCAAGCAGUUUCCAGGCUCUUGCCUUGGUUUCCCCUUUGGCAGAACAGAGACAGGAGACAGGGUUGUACCCACAUUAGGUGGCUAAUAAAGGGUCUUCUCUAA